CUCUUUUAACGCGUGUAUGCCACUCUCCAUACAUUCUCCGCUGUUAACUCUCCACAGAAACGUCACUCGCGUUUACAGCGCGUAUCGAGAUUCUCAGUGUCCUCCACCACUUGCUUGGCUCUCUCUCUAGACUUCGUCGAAGGCGCCAUCGCCGAGAAAAUUAGAGAGAGAGAGAGAAAUAGCUUGAUUGGCUUGGGAGAAUCUAUCUAAUCCAUAUAACUACGAAGAAGCUCUCUAUUUUGGUACACGUUAACGUCAUACGCACCACAGGCGCAUCGUGAUUCGUCCCCUUGUAUCAAUCGUCGUUUUCUUGCCGGACAUGGCUGAGUUGACUCAGGGCGAGGUGGUUUACUUGCCGAGAACUGUCCAAGUCUGGAGAGCUCUUCUGAACUGGUUAGGGUUCUUCUUCCAGAUCUUUCUUCGGAUCCUUAGAGCUCUCGGUCACCUCCCUCUUCUCUCUUCCUCCUCUACCUCUUCUUCUUCUCCUUCUUUCAAACCCUUACCGGUCAUCGAGUUACCAGACCAGGGCCUCCCGGCUGACUCCACCGUCCAAAUCGCCACUGUCCACGAUUCCAACUCCGACGACGACGACCGUGCCCAGAAACUCACGGUUGUGCUUGACUUGGAUGAGACUCUAGUGUGUGCAUAUGAGACAUCAAGCUUGCCUCCUGGUAUAAGGAACCAAGCAACGGAAGCUGGGCUGAAGUGGUUUGAGCUUGAAUGCUUCUCUUCUGAUAAGGAAUGUGAAGGAAGGCCGAAAGUCAAUUAUGUAACGGUUUUUGAGCGUCCUGGAUUGCAUGAAUUCUUGAAACAACUAGGCACAUUCGCUGAUCUUGUGCUGUUUACUGCUGGUCUUGAAGGUUAUGCCAGACCUCUUGUUGAUAGAAUAGAUGCGGAGAAUCUAUUCUGUCGUAGACUUUAUCGGCCUUCGACUAUUAGCACGGAGUAUCGUGAGCAUGUUAAGGAUCUCUCCGGCCUAGCAAAGGAUAUGUGCCGGAUAGUAAUCGUUGACAACAACCCUUUCAGCUUCUUGUUACAACCAGUGAAUGGGAUUCCAUGCAUUCCAUUUUCAGCUGGACAACCGCAUGACACACAGCUUUUGGACGUCCUUCUUCCACUUCUCAAGGACCUCUCUGAGCAGAAAGAUGUCAGACCUGCGCUCUAUGAGAGAUUCCACAUGCCUGAAUGGUUUCAAAAGCAAGGAAUUCCUUCACCUGGUUGGACAUCAGCAGAUGGGUAGUAAGAACGAAAGUUUCCAUUCUUUUCUGCAAUCCUCAACAGUUAUUCUGUUAGAAGCGGCAUCUCUCCAUUGGACUCAAGUUUUGUACAGCGUAAAUUUGUUCGCUGGAGAGGCUAGUUAAGGCUCAUCCUUUCAAAAGGUUCAAGCCUGCCGCAUCUUGUGAUUAUAUAUAGGCACACCAUUUAUCUAUGUACAUUUGUUAAGAACUCUGAUUCUUGUGAAACUUUGUCUAUAGGCUUGCAAUUCUCUUGGAUGUGCUUGUACUUUGUUGAAACUUUGUACAAUUGUUAUCAGUAAUUAUUGGUAGUUUACACAUUUGACAA